GUUUGGAUGUGCGGCGGUUUGAAUUUUUUUUUAGUGUAUAUUAAAAAUUGUCAAAAAUUGAGCCACGUGCACAUACACACAUAAGAAUUCCAGAAUAUAGCAAAAGAGAAAAAAAAAAAAAAAAAAGAGGGGAUAAGAAGAAUUUAACACACAAUUUAAAAACAGAGAUCAAAGCGCUCUCCAGUUCUCUGACAAAUUUAUUGCUCGGCUGUACUCACCAAUACCCGCUAUAUUUGUCAACGCUGCGUGUAUAAUGGGUGUCACCGUGUUGCAGCAGUUUCCGAUGAUAGAGAAUCGCACGGGGCCGCAAACGAUCGAGUUUCUCACGAAAAGAGUCGUCGCACUCGGAGCGGUGCAGACCGGACAGUUUCUGGUCGAUUGCGAAACGUACAUGUCGGUGCCGCAACUUGGCAUUCAAAGGACCGUGCACGUGUUACACAAUUCGGAGCAACCAGCCUCGGUGUUCGCUAUCCUCGAAUCGGGCACCAAAGUGGUGCCGUUGAUAGCGGACGGCCUAUUCGAUUUGCUCAUGUUAAAAAUGACGAGCGUUUACACGAGCAAAAAGCAAACGAAAAUCGAGUCCAAAGGACCGCGCUUUGAAAUCGGCGACUUUUGCGUCAAAUUGGGCAGCGUAACGAUGAGUCAAAAUUUCAAAGGCGUUCUGGUUGAGGUUGAAUAUAGACCAUGCGUCGUGCCGUCAAGCGCUUGGGAAUUGAUACGAGAAUUUCUGCAAGGAUUCUUAGGUUCGGCUGUGUCGAAUCAAGCGCCUCAGUAUCUUCAGAACCGGAUGAAUGACAUUUAUCAACCUAUGGAUACGAUACAACAAUAUCUGGAACAUUUUGGUCAAUAUAGAAAAGCCACGGGAGUGAUUUAAAAGAACGUUAACGGAUGACGUGGCUGCAAACAACCACCUCGUUCAUUACGAUGUAAUUCGCGUGACAGAAGAAAGGAUGAAGAACGUUACAUAACAUCACAACGGCGGUCACUGAGACAAGAGAAAAGAAGAGAAGAUCAAAAAGCCAGUGAUUACUAGGUUUUAUAAACUAUAAGAAUGUUUUUAAUAAUUUAUGAGAGUAUUUACUGUGUACAUAUAUAAGAAUAAUAAUAAUAAUAAUAAAUUAUUAACAUUUCUUUAAGAUAUAUAGUUAAGAGUCAAAUAUAAAAUCGCCGUUUAUUGUCACUAAUUAUCUCACUCUAAAUAUAUCUUAUUCUCUACAGCUCCACUUUUUUUCACUUUCUGAGUAUAUUUUUUUAUCCGUUGCCUUUUAUUUAAUCUUUUGUAUGUACUACUGAAAAUAUUCAAAUUGUUUCGUACAAUUUCAAAACCUUUCUUUGAAUAAAAACAUUACGUUCACAUCGAUCUUGUUCUAAUUUACAAUAUUCA